ACGCCGACCGCAUAAGAUAUUUUGGCAGACAGACACAGCGGACAACAUACUCUUUAACGUAAGAUUUGAUCUUGAUGUAAGAAUAUCGCUCAAAUUUCUCUGUCAAUUUCUGAAUUUUUACCUUACUCUUGAGAAAGAAUAAUAAAGGGUUGCCAGCCUAGUUAUUAUCGUUCUCUACUAAUUACUACACAAGUCAUCAGAGUAAUAGGAAGUGAAGUUCGUCGCUGGCGCACUACCCCACCCUAUUGCUCUAUAUCUCCAUAGUUUGCGCCCUCGUCGCCUUGUGGCCGCCGGUUGCGCAUCUCCCUGCUCCAGGGUCCUCUCCUUCCUCCUACUUUCAUUCCAUAACUAAGAUCGGCAACGCCGUAUCGCCGGAGAUCUACAGCUCCGGGAUGUCGAAAGCGCGGGUCUACACUGACGUUAAUGUGCUGCGGCCCAGGGAGUACUGGGAUUAUGAGAAUCUCACUGUCCAGUGGGGCGACCAGGAUGAUUAUGAGGUUGUUCGCAAAGUUGGAAGGGGGAAGUACAGUGAAGUUUUUGAAGGUAUAAAUGUCAACAAUAAUGAGCGGUGCAUAAUCAAGAUCCUGAAACCUGUUAAGAAGAAAAAGAUAAAGAGAGAAAUCAAAAUACUGCAAAACUUAUGUGGGGGACCAAAUAUUGUCAAACUCCUAGACAUUGUCAGAGACCAGCACUCAAAAACUCCCAGCUUGAUAUUUGAAUUUGUGAAUAGUACAGAUUUCAAAGUUUUGUAUCCUACAUUGACGGAUUAUGACAUACGUUACUACAUAUAUGAGCUCCUCAAGGCUUUAGAUUACUGUCACUCACAAGGUAUAAUGCACAGAGAUGUUAAGCCCCAUAAUGUAAUGAUAGACCAUGAGUUGCGAAAGCUUCGCUUGAUUGAUUGGGGUCUUGCUGAAUUUUACCACCCAGGGAAGGAGUAUAAUGUCCGUGUCGCUUCGAGAUACUUUAAGGGUCCAGAACUUCUUGUUGACUUGCAAGAUUAUGACUAUUCUUUGGAUAUGUGGAGCCUUGGUUGCAUGUUCGCGGGAAUGAUCUUUCGCAAGGAACCUUUCUUUUAUGGACAUGACAACCAGGAUCAACUUGUUAAAAUUGCUAGGGUACUUGGAACUGAUGAGUUGAAUGCCUAUUUGCAUAAGUACCAUUUGGAGCUUGAUCCUCAACUUGAAGCUCUUGUUGGCAGACACAGCAGGAAACCAUGGUCAAAGUUUGUCAAUGCAGAUAAUCAGCAUCUUGUAUCGCCAGAGGCCAUAGAUUUCCUUGACAAACUCCUGCGCUAUGAUCAUCAGGAUAGGCUCACAGCAAGAGAAGCCAUGGUUCACCCAUAUUUCUCACAAGUCAGGGCUGCAGAAAAUAGCAGGACACGGACCCAAUAGCCUGUCGGCUUGUUCCACACAGCCGUUACUUAUAUUGUAAUGUAACAUAUGUAACCUUAAUACCCUAUUUGUGCAGGACUUUUCAAUUGCACAUGUAUCACUUACAUAGUACUUCGUCUUGAAUCAAUCAAGCACUGAUAUGAUAUCGAAUGAUGCUUUCCCUAACUCAAGAACUUAUUUUGUAUUUGUAUUUGUUGAGCAUAUUGUUCACUUUGUUUGGAUAAUU